AUGCCCCCAAGAUGUUCCAGCAUACAAGGGACAUUGACGCCAUUCCUGUAUCCCUCCCUCCUCUCCAAUGUCGCUAAAACAAGCUAUCGAACUUUUCUCCAACGCCGCCAUGAAUCAACAACCACCGCACCCUCCCAACCAACGUUCGAAGAAGGCUCCCAUCUGAACCCUCCCCCCACCGACUACUCGCGCACAAUCUUUACAGACAAGGCAACAGUAACCCUAUUCGCCGGCUCCGGCGGCCACGGCUGCGUCUCCUUUGUCCGCGAAAAGUACAUAGAAAAGGGGCCUGCAAACGGAGGUGACGGAGGCAGCGGAGGAAACGUCUACAUCCAGGCUGUACGCGGUGAGACGAGUUUGCACAAGCUCGCGCGACGCAACAUUCUCAAAGCCGGACGCGGCAAGAACGGCCAGGGCAAAACACGUGGCGGAGAACGAGGCGAUGAUAUCAUUGUGCAAGUCCCAGUCGGGACUGUGGUGAGAGAGAUAGAGAGAGUGGAUCCUGUGUUUAUUGAAGAACAAAGGUUGAAAUUGGAGGCGGGGAAGAAAGAUGGUGUUGAUGAGAGUGGCCCUUGGAAAUGGAGCCGUGAUAAGUGGUUACUCUACCCAGCUGUUACGCCUGAAGAUAUCGCGACUGCGGAAUUCCCUUCUUUGCCUCGGGGACGGAAAUCAAUGCUGGCCAUGGCGCAGGUGAAAGCUCCUAUCUCACUGGAUCUAAGCGCGCCUAUGGAGAGUCCGAUUUUGCUUGCUGCUGGUGCCGUGGGUGGAUUGGGAAAUCCACAUUUCGUUACGAGGGAAGUGCCUAGGCCCAAGUACGCUACAAAGGGGGAAGGGGGCAUGAGGAUUACAUUAGAGCUAGAAUUGAAGCUUCUUGCAGAUGUUGGACUUGUGGGCUUGCCCAACGCGGGAAAGAGCACGCUGUUGAGGGCUAUGAGCAAGAGUCGCGCACGAGUUGGAGAUUGGGCAUUCACGACUCUCCAGCCUAACAUUGGAACUGUCGUACUGGAUAAUCACCAUGGAAGACCGGUAGCACAAGCGACGUACGAGACAGGCGAGCCGAGAAUCAAUUACACCAUUGCCGAUAUCCCCGGUCUCGUCCAAGACGCACAUCUCGACCGCGGUCUAGGGAUCUCCUUCCUACGACACGUCGAGCGCGCCCGCAUCCUCGCCUUCGUAAUCGACCUCAACGCCGGCGAUGCUGUCAAAGCCCUCCAAGCUCUGUGGAAGGAAGUCGGCGAGUACGAGCGCAUGAAAAUCGUCGAAGAGAAAGAGAAGUCCGAUCCCAUCGUCGAAUGGUCGCCUUUCCGAUCCACGGAAGACGCAUUGGCCAAUCGUUCCGAGACAAUCGUCAUUCCAUCAGGAGGACCGACUUUAGAUGCUCCUUUGGCACCACAGUUACCGAGUAUUGCUGGGAAGCCGUGGUUUGUAGUUGCUACAAAGGCGGAUUUGCCGGGCACGCAGGAGAAUUACGCGCAGUUGAAGGCGUAUCUAGAAGCUGUUGGAAGGGGCGAGCAGGAGCAUCCUAGCGGGCAAACGAAGAGUUGGGAGGGAAGCGUUGAGGCUGUUCCUAUUAGUGCUAUCAACGGGCAUGGGACAGAGAGGAUUACGGAAUGGAUUGUGAACCUACUGGAAGAGUGA